AUGCCGCGGAAGAGUGCACAGCGCUCAAACUCGUCGUCGAGCCUGUCGUCACAAGCAUCUGCAUCCUCCACCCUCUCUGCCUCGUCAUCCUCAUCACACCCAAACGGUACCGCCCCCCUCAACGCCGCCGACUGGGCUGCCACCCGCAAAGCAAAAGCCCCAAAGGGACUAUGGCCCGCAACAAAGACUGAGCCCAUCGCAGGAAUCACCGCAGCACGAACACAGCCCAUCGCUUCCGCAGGCCCUGGUUCCUCGGCCGCCUCGGCCAUGAGCGCCCUCCAGGCCCCCUCUGCAAUGGUCCCCUCGCAGCACAAUGGCCCCGGCCAGGCCCAGCAACAGGCCAACGGCGCACAGCGGGCACAGGGCCAGGAGAGCACCGCCGUCCUGCACCUCGUCCCCAUGAACGGCACGUUUGAGCGCAAGACCAUCACCGUCCCCUUCUUCCCCGACGUCCUCCGCAUCGGCAGACAGACCAACAACAAGACAAUACCCACCCCGCUUAACGGAUACUUCGACUCAAAGGUUCUCUCGAGACAGCACGCCGAGGUUUGGGCAGACCGACAGGGCAAGAUAUGGAUCAGAGAUGUCAAGUCGUCCAAUGGAACCUUCGUCAACGGCUCCCGCUUGUCACAAGAGAACAGAGAUUCGGAGCCACACGAGCUACGCGAAUCAGACAUGCUGGAACUCGGUAUCGAUAUUGUCAGCGAAGAUCAAAAGACCAUUGUGCACCACAAGGUCGCAGCACGUGUUGAACAUGCCGGCAUAUAUACCCGCUCGAGUAAUGAGAUGAUGGACCUCAAUUUCGGCGAACUCGAAGGAUCCCAAAUGUCAAACAUGAUGGGCGGCGGCAACCAACAACAAAUGCCGGGUAUGCGAGGUCGCACUGGCAGUCAGAGUUCCAUGAACGGCCAGCGGCUCCAGGGUCCUGGUGCCAUGCCCAAUUACACAAAUGGCCUCCCACAACCCCGCCAUCCUAAUUUCUGGUUGCAGCCUAUAACAAUGGAGCAGGUAGUCAAGAAGCUCAACACGGAGAUUAAAGCUGCCAAGCAACAGUCGCAAGAUCUCCAACAAGCCCACCAAUACAUCAAUGCUAUCCUCUCCGCAGAUCCCAAGAAGGAACCUUCCAAGUCAUCUCCCAUCAACCAAGUCAAGAUCUCUCCAAUCAAGGAUAACAGUCUAAAGGCUAGGUUCUCAGAUCCACCAGCUCCUCCGCCACAGCAACCUUUGCCUGAAAAACCCGACGUUGCAUCUUCCCUUAAAAGGUCAGACACUGAGCGCGCCAAGACCGGCUCGCCUGUACGCUCCGACCCACAGUUGUCUACGCUCACUGAAGCCUUGACCAAUGCCAAGAAGGAGAUUGAACUACAAGGCAUGCGGUUACGCGAUCUGGAGACUCUGUUAAACGAAGAGCGCCGCGCAAGAGAAGACGCCGAGGAGCGAGCGGCUCGUCUUGAGCGUGAGACGAACCGGGACCACAGUGAUGCGGAGACCGUAGUAGGAGAAGACGACUCGGAAAAAAUCGACCCGAUUGAGCCAGAGCACGAAGAGCCUACUGGUUUGGAGAACGGAAGCCCUGUCCCUCCAACUGUCGAUGAUACUGCAGCGCGGCUGCAGUCUCGUCUCGACCUGAUGAUGUCGGAAAUGAAUGAGAUGAAGCAGCAGAUGGAGCGCUACCGCGAGCGAGCCGAAAGCGCAGAAGCCAACAGCAAGUCGCUAGCAGAGAUGAUCGAAAACAUCAGAAAGGACAAUGCAAAAGCCGCCAGUAAGGACGCUCUCUGGCGAAGCAGAAAUGACGCUGCAUCUGCGAAACCCGACGUAAAGGCCGAUGCUGAUGUCAACGAGGCUGAAGAGGGCGAAAUCACCAUUAUCAGAGAAGAAGAUCUUGGCGACGAUGGCCCAGAAACGUCGCCUCCUGCGCAGAGCCAACAAAAUGGGCAUGCCGUUGCGCAGAACGGCGCAAAGCAGUCAGGGAAAUCGACUGCCUUGGUCGCUCAUAGGCUAGAUCGAGAUUCUAUGUACUAUGGUGGUCCGGUCGGAGCAAUGGUGACAGUCGUUGCAAUAGGUGUAGCUGUCAUGGCCAUGCUUAAUCAAUACCCCAAGGGCGAGCGUUGA